UUCCUUCCGGUCAUGCAGCUGGUGAUCCGCCAGUACCGUCCCUCGGAUAAGGACACGGUGCGUUUCUUGUUCAGCACCGGCAUCAAGGAGCACAUCCGACCAUGUUUUCACAACGCCAUGAGCAGCCCUCUCUACCUCGCCGUCACUCUGGCUCUGUGCGCUUCUGGCUACCUCGUCUGCUCCGCGCUGGGGGCCGUGGUGUUCCCGGGAGUCUGGGUGGGCCUCGUCUACUACUGCUGUCAUGAGCUGUACUCCAGCUACGUCAGGGAGAAACUCCAGACGGACAUGCAGGACAUCCCCGGGAACUAUCUGAGCAGACCGGAUGACUGUUUCUGGGUGGCUGAGGCCGAGGUUGACGGGAGGGCCGAGGUCAUGGGUAUGGUGGCUGUAGUGGCCAAACAAAGUGGGGACAAAAGCUACGGGGAACUGUUCAGGAUGAUCAUCUCACCAUCGUGCAGACGGAUGGGCCUCGGCGUCAGGAUGGCUCAGACUGUGGUCGACUUCUGUAAGGAACGAGACUUCUCCGAGGUGGUGCUGGAGACCAGCUCCACUCAGACCGCCGCUGUGGCUCUGUACAAGAAGCUGGGGUUCAGCCAGGUCCUCUCACACACCGACACACAGGCUCCCUCUUGGAUUGUAAAGCUGGCUAAAGUCACAGUUUUAAGAAUGAAAAAACAUCUCUAGUCCUGAAAUAACUCUGCUCAGCUACUGCGAUGUUCCUGUUCACUCUCCUAUCAGUGAUUUAAGCUUGUGCAUUGAUUAUGAAUGACUGAAACCAUUUUUGUAAGCUACAUCUCAUGAACACACUCGUUGUUUUUGCUAUGAACAAAGAGAAACCCUCACUAAAUCUCAGGUAACACAAAGAGCCUUUAGCUUGUACUGUGUGUCCUGUAAGACCAACGUGACACACUGGUGCUCUAACAAGCUUACUGGACCAAUAUUCACAGAGCGUUUACUGUUGUACUGUACGUGUUUUUUUAUGAGAACUAGAGUUUCAAGCGCUGCGAUUUUAUUUCACAAAUCAUCGAUCACAUUAAACUGUUGUUUCACACAAAAAAUA